UUAUGCCUUUUCCAGAUGUGCCUGGUAAUGCAUAAAAGCGCGGGCAAACGUUUGCGAAUCUCAAAUCAGAAGUUGAAGCAUUUUGAGUCAGGGCUCUGAUCCGGUGGCAAUUCGCAAGAGAAGGAUAUUUCAAUUUGAGUUGGGUGUUUUGGUGUGAAUUUGUGAAGACAAACGAGGUAGCACAUUCAUCAUGGAAUCUUGCAAAAUGGCGACAGUACUUCUUCUUGUCACAGUGUUGGCUCUUAUGAUGCCAGACUCGUCGCUUUCAAGACCACUCAGACGCAACCGCCCCGCCACACAGGCCCAGGACGACAGUGCCGAAGACGACAGUGCCCAAGUGGACUGUAGUGACGACGAUGACAGUAGUAGUAGCGAGGAACGGCCGUGUACGACACAAGCCCCACCCACCACACCGACAACGACAAGAGCUACUACCACAGACAUGGCGACCACCACUACUCAAGCCAUGCCUACUCCGACCACGCCCCAACAGACAGAUGAGAUGACCACGCCCCUAGUAACCACGAGGAUCACCACGCCCGUAGUAACCACGAGGAUAACCACGCCCCAAACGACAUCAAAACGAGGCGAUAUCCCGUAAAACGAAGAACUCUAGUAUCUUAACAAGCCUGGAUACACUUAAACUAAAAUGUUUAUAAAAACGGACUCUUCGAUUUGGACUUUCACUUGAAACUAUUGGAUGAGAAGAGACAGGAAUUGGCGCCAUCUUAAUAGAGAAAGGGGCGCACGCGUCCCCUAAAUUGACCGAUGACACGGCCAAAUUAUUUAAUUCGAACUUGUAAUCUUUGGAUGAUGCGAAUUACAUGUUUCCGUCCUUAGGUGAAUUAAACAAUGAAGCCCUACCAGUGAAACAGGUAUAUAUGUUUAUACAUGUAUUAUGGUUUACUUUAUGAAUGUUUAUUUGAUUAUUAAAACUUUUAAACCGAAACCGAAACUUCGGUUUGCAUUAU